AUGCCGACCACGGCCGCGUCCCCGCCCAAGGUCGUCGCUGUCGAUGUCGACGACACCGACCCCUUCGUUUCGCCUGCUGCUUCCAACAACUCCGACUCGCGGCGCAGAUAUGCUGGCUUCGACAACCAGUUGUUCUCCAUAUACGCUGAGGGUUCCCCUUCGCAGGCAAAGCUCGCUCUUGAGGCACACUUGCAAGAGACGGAGCGCAGGCUCCAGGAGGCGUCGCAGCUGGGCACCGUCCUAGUGCAGCAGCGCAAGGAACUCAGCGACCGUCUCAAGGAGAUCUCUGUGCAGCAAGAUGCGACGGAAAUCGGACCCGAUCUGCGCGCGCAGCUCGUCGAGCUGGAACGUGAAUUCAACGAGGUUGGCAAAGAUACUGCACGAGCCUUUAUCCCUAAGACACGGGUGCCCAGCUAUCACCAGUCCCUGGACGCCGACGGUAACUCCAUCUUCUCGAGCGAAGCCCAGAACUCACCCUCCAAGAUCACCGUUCCUUCGUCGAGAAAACAGCGUAACCAGCAACCAAAUCGCAUCCAUGACAUCAAACUUGCCACCGAGAUCAGCAGCUCUCUGCUCAACCAAGUCAGAGAACUGCAGGCCGCCCUGGCCGAGAAGGAUGAGCAGCUGAAGAUGAUCAGUUCCGAGCGCUCCCGCCUGGAAGUUGAAGUGGAGGGUCUGACACAACGUUUGCGUGUUUUGGACGAAAGCGAGCAACGCUUCAAGGACGAGAACUGGAAUCUCGAAACGAGAAUCCAAGAGCUCACCGCACAGCAAAAGGAGGCCACGGAUAAGGAACACCGCCUGAACCAGAACCUGACAAACGUGAACUCGGAGAAGAGCUCUGUAGAGCGUGAGCUCGAAGAUCUGAAACAAGCACAUGGAAAGCUGCACGAUGACUACCAGGCUACCCACAGGCAACACGAGGCUGAGAUCAUGGGCCUCCGACGGAACGUCAGCGCGGGUGAAGCCGAGAGGGGUGCUCUUUCACGCAAGAUCGAGGACCUGCUGUCGCAGAACGAAGAGCUCGCCCGUGCUGUUGCAUACCAUCGCAGGCUCGAAGAAUCCGGCUCCGGAAGGAACUCAAACGAAGAGGCCGACGACCACGACUCCGACCAGAGCACCCCUGACCACUCGCCGCCACCAUCACCAAGCAAAUUCACCCCCCGUCACAGCCAACUUGAGACAGAAACCCUGAAGAGCUCUCUGCAGCAUGCCCACCGUAUGAUCCAGAAUCUCAAGAACAACAUCCACCGUGAAAAGACGGAGAAGAUGGAACUCCGGAGACUGUUGCAGGAAACCAGGGACGAGCUCGACAUCGCACGGCGCGAGGCUGUGAAUGGUGUAGGUGCUUCUGUGAAGAAGCGGCGACCGAAUGAGAAGCAGGAUCUCUUCAAGAAACCACCUCGUCCGGACAGAUUAGGCAUGGCAAGAGGUUCCAGGGAUGAAAUCAUCGUCGACGACGGCGAUUGGGAGGACAACGACGAACACGACGUUCCUGAAACGCCAAGCAGGAGACCAAAGCCCAGCAUCGGUGGUGUUGGCCUCAGCCCCUUCAGUCGUCGUGUGACGUCCGCGUCUUUCACCUCGAGCAAUGAAAACUUCCAGACUGCUACCGACCAGUCCGACGCUUUUGAAACGGCCAACGAACCUGAUACUACUACGGAAACCGAGGCGUUCCAGACAGGUGUCGAGACUAUGGCUGGCUCCAGCACCGAGGAAGAUACUGAAACAGAAGUGGGCUCUAACCAGGGUCAGCUUCGCGGCCGCUACUCGCACCAGACCCUCGGCGAUUCUUACCUCAGCACUGCAUCCACGUCUGGCGAUGAACUUGACAGCGAGGUCGACAUCAGGACUCCUCAGAGGACUGAGCAGCCGCGCUACCGCCUCAAGGUGACGCGCGGCGCUCGCCGUUCUGCUCGCAACGCGACGGAAGCGCUUAACGGAAACGCCUCUGAUGUGACGAAAUCGCCCUCCGCAAGUUUCAUGAGCGACGGUAGCCAGGCUGAGCCUGACGGUGGAAAGAGCCUAUUGGCUGAGCUUGGAAGCUUCAGCGAGCGUGACAGCGACAUGGACCCUGAGAGUGAGCCUGGCACCCCUGGCCGCCAAUCCAUCAUCUCGCCUCAGGAAUCUCCUGAGCUUCGCAAGGCGAUUGCCGAUCGCGCCCUGAUCCGCAAAGCUUCGUUGGCCAGGGCACCUAUGGUUGACUCGUCUACGAACACCGAGCCCUGGAAGCCUCAGUCCCACCGCCCCGUGUCGAGCACCUCGGCGGCUCUUGGUGCUGCAAUCGCCGGAGGACUUGGAUUUGGUCUUGGCAAGGAGCAGGAUGCAUCGGAGACUAGACAUAGAGAAUCUACGCCUGAGUUGGCCCCUUCGGCGCUUGAAGAGCCGAGCCUCGAUUCUCCGGCGUCGACUGCGGCAUCGACAGGGACGGUGUUGGCACAAGAAGACGCGGCGCCUGUACCCGCCAACCUCGGCCUCUCAGAGGUCAGCUCGCAGCAGGUCGAGCCUCUCGAGCCCCAAAGCCAGAAACUCCAGGUGUCGUCCAUUUCCUCGCUGGCAUCGGAUCCUGUCGAACCUGCCGUUCCAGAGGCACCGCAACUCGCAUUCUCUUCUCUUGCGUCCUUGCAUUCUGAGCCGGUUGAGCCUGCGGCUCCAGCUGCGCCUAAGCUUGCUCUUUCGUCCGUCGCUGCUCUGCACUCGGAACCGAUUGAGCCCGAGGCACCAGUCACACCUGCCCUUGCUAUUUCCUCUGUUUCGUCGUUGCACUCGGAGGAGCCUGUCGAACCUGAGGCGCCAGUCGUCCCGAAGCUUGGGCUGUCGUCCGUCUCCGCCCUACACUCGGCGCCCAUCGAGCCCGAGAAGCCUGUGGCUCCCAAGCUUGGGCUCUCGUCCGUUUCUUCUCUGCAAUCGGAGCCUGUCGAGCCCGAGACUCCUACUCCGCGCAAGGUUGCACCAGCGCCUCUUCAUUUCACUCCCAUCUCUUCCAUCCACUCCGAACCUCGGGAGUCGGAGCCUCCGGCAACGGCUGUGCGUGCUACCGCAGAGCCGUCGCAACUAUCAUCCAUCCUCUCCCUUCAGUCGGAGCCCGUCGAGGCUGAAUUCCCCGCUGCGCGUGAGCUCGAGCUUCCUGCGUCGAACUCGCAGCUUUCUCAGAUCUCGUCUAUCGAUACUGAGCCGGUCUCCCCUGAGGUGCCCAAGGUCACCCCACCUUCCUUCCAAUUAUCUUCUAUUUCUUCUCUCCACUCGGAGCCUGUGGAACCUGUCAAACCAGAGAUCCAGCCCGUCGAUCUCAGGCUUUCCUCCAUUUCUUCUCUGCACUCGGAGCCUGUCGCGCCGGCAGAGCCCGAGAUCAAGCCUAUCGAUCUCCACUUCUCUUCGAUUUCGUCUCUUCAUUCAGAGCCGGUUGCCGUUGAAGCUCCCGCACCUCCUAAGAUCAUUCCGUCGACGAUCUCUUCCGUUCUUGGUCAGUCUGUUGAGCCGGUUUCCUUGCCGCUUCCGGAAAUUUUCUCUACGUCGGCCGAACCCGUUGUCACGGAGGAAGAGAAGGCCACUCCUUCGCUGUCCUACGCUGAUAUCUCAGCGCAACACGUCGAGCCUGUUGCCGCCGAAGAGGUCCACAGGGUUAUUCCUUCUCUGACCUACGCAAACAUCUCAACGCAACACGUUGAACCGGAGGAAGCUAUCAUGCCAGCAGAGCGCAAGGCGCUUGGCUCUAACGAAGCCUACGAGAAUGCCAUGUCCAGGGAAAACCAUGUCAUUGCCAAUGAGGAGCCCGUCGAUGAGAAUGUGGAGCAAAGUCGUCCGAAGAGAACGAAGGCGCCCAUGGUAGACGGAGGCGCGCAGACAAUGGUCUCUUCUGCUGAGCUUGAUGCCCUUCUGGCUGCGAAGGAGAUCGGCGUUGUCAUUGAUGCACCCGCCACUUCUCCCAGAGAGGCCUCAUUCUCCAGCUCAAAGAAGGAUGCACCGGCGUUCAAGACGGUGCGCCGCCCGACCAGCUCGCAGAGCAUGCGCAGCGCCCGCUCAGAGCCUGCGCCGCCACUUCCUCGGGACCACCGCGAGGUCAUCGCUGCCUUGACGCAAAGGAUGCCUGGCACCAUGGGCCCCCCUACAAAGCCCGCCUCUGCCUUCAAGAACCAGAACAGCUCCCACGCCUCGCAAUUCCGUCCCCGUACUCCGAACGGCAGCAGCGUCCAUGACAGUGUCAGAGCUACCAGCCCGCACUCGGCCAGGAGCGGUACCACGCCUCGCCCGCGUCUCCAAGCGACUCGCAGCGAGGUCUCUUCACCCAUGUCACGCCGUACUUCAGUCUCAUCCUUUGCCUCGGAAAUUGACAACCGCUUCAACAUUCCUGUCAAUCCGGUUGGUCGUGACGAGUAUGGUCAGGCCAUCGAUCCACGCAUGGUCCAGGCUAUCACUCAGACCAUGAUCGGAGAGUACUUGUGGAAGUACACGCGCAAGGCUGGUCGCGAGGAGAUGUCGGUCAACAGACACAGGCGUUUCUUCUGGGUCCACCCGUACACUCGAACUCUGUACUGGAGUGACCAAGACCCGGCUACCGCAGGUAAAGCGCAGCUUAAGGCAAAGAGCGUCCAGAUCGAGGAUGUCCGGGUAGAGACGGACGAUAACCCGUACCCGCCUGGUCUCCACCGCAGGAGCCUGAUCGUCAUCACUCCUGGUCGCGCUGUCAAGUUCACCGCCACCACUAGCCAGAGGCACGAGACGUGGUUCAACGCGCUCUCCUACCUGCUCCUCCGCACCAGCGCCGAGCGUGACGACGAGCCGGGCGCGAACGACAAGGAGAUGACCCCGGACGGGGCGUCCGAGUUCAGCCCCGGGCUUGUCAGGCGUAACUCCCGGCAGACUGCCCGGUCCCGGAUGUCGCUCUCGUCAUACAACAGCCGUGGAACCAGGAACUCUUCCCCUCAGCGUAGCCGCUUGGCGUCAAUUGCCAAGCGGCGAGCUGCUGAACAGCGUUCUGCGACUCUCACGCCGACUACACCGUCCACAUCGGGCCGCUUCAGCAGCCUGAGUGGAUUGUUCCGCCCUCCAACAGCAACCUUCCGUGGAUCGUUCUCAAGCCACCGGAGCAAGAGCAAUGGACAGGAGGCAUCGAUCUAUGAUGCUUCGCUCGUCGCCGACUCUGCGGAAGAUUUGAGACAAGUCAUAGAGGCGCAGGAGCGGGAAGCCGACCGGUUGGAGAAUGUGCGGGCAUGCUGUGACGGCAAACAUGACGUUGGAUCGCUGUCGAAGAAGCCCCACAGCCACCACCACCACAGCCACCAGCGCAAGUCGUCGCAUGCGCGAUCCAGCUCGUUUGGACCGAGUAUGUUCCUCGGCAGCCAGAACGACCUUGAUCGUCACGGCACGUCGCAAUGA